AAUGAUCUAUAAGUACUUAGUGGCGGGUAUUCCUGUGCCUCCGGACCUUGUUGUACCUAUACGACGUAGCUUUGAAGCCAUCUCUGCGAGCUUCCAUGUACCUCGGAUAUUUCAUCGUCAUUUGCAUCCUCUCACCAGUACAAUUAUCCAGUAACUUUGCCCACCUAGGUUCAGAGUCCAGAGGCGGAUGGAUCUUAUUUCAGUGGGCAAACUAGUAUUUGUUCGACACUCUGUGUGUGUGUUUAUACAAAUUAGAAGGCUUAGUUCAAGUGGCAAAGGUUGACGGACGGGUGACUUAUACAAACUAAGCCUGAUAUUUAAGUGGAGAAUCAAUUCAUACUGAAAAAUAGGUGAAUAGUUGAUAACAGAUGGGGUCAAGCUAAAGGGUAGAGAGACGAGCCCAUUAUCCCGAGUUUCGCAAGGAAAAAACUAAAAUUUAUGGAAUAGUAUUAAAUUUUGAAUCCAUAAUUUAAAAAUGCAAUGGGUUUAAAAACUUAAUCCCAUUCUGAGGAAGAUCCAUUUUUUUCUCAUUUUAAGUAAAAACGUUCCGCUCUUCAUUUUGUAAGUUAAUUUGCUCAUUUAUCAAUAGUUAAUUCUUUUAGCUUCUUUCAGUUAAGCAGUGUGUUGGAAAUGUCUGCAUUUCUGAAAGGUAAGUUUACCAUGCUUUGAUAGGGAAAUUGGAGCAUAUGCAGAUAAAGAAAAUUGCUUUCCACUUUUUUUGGUCUAAUAUUUUUGUUAAGGCAGUACAAUCAUUAGUAGCCCUUACAAUUUGUUUCUCCUCAUUCUGUUUUCUUGUUUGGACAUUUACUGAUCUAUUCAUUUCAGCUUAUUUCUGUAAUUAGUCAGUCCUAGAGAAACAUUUCUCUCUUUUAUUUAUUGGGUAGGACCGUAGGAUAAGUCUCUUUUGAUUUUAAGUAGGUUACUAAUGUAAUCUAAAUGAAUAUGGUUAGUGGUGGACUAUAUCUUUUUUUCUUUUGUUUCACAAAACAGUAAGAGAUAUCAUGUUAUUGAUUUCCAGAGGCUCAUUUGGUGUUUAUUUUGGUUUUAUGCAUAAUUUCUAAUUUAUAGGCUGCAUUAUAUCUCAAUGUCUGUGAAGUGAAUAAGUUUCAGUCUCUGUUCUGGUAUAACUCCUAUCUGUUGGGCUUCUGACUGCGGAAUGGCCAACCAAAUGUAGUAAAAUAUUUUCUUGUUUUGGUAUAAAGUUCAUCUUUUUAGGGGUUUGAGGGAGAGGUGUUGCAGCCAUACUCUGUUUUCUAAAUAUGGAACUUAUUAAUUUUUAUCUUCUGUGGUCAGUGGGUUAUUGUUCCUAUUAUGGAAAGAAGUUUGACCCUGAGCCAGGAAGGUGUAGAAGGACAGAUGGAAAGAAGUGGAGGUGCUCCAAAGACGCGUAUCCUGACUCAAAAUAUUGCGAGCGGCACAUGAAUCGAGGCCGCAACCGUUCAAGAAAGCAUGUGGAAUCUCAAUCUACUUCCCAGUCCUUGUUGACUAGUAUGUCGAACAAUGCUACUGGAAGCAGCAAAACAAGUGGAAAUUUCCAAAGUAGCAGCAGCGGAAGCUUACAGAACAUGCCAUUAUAUUCCGCUGCUUAUUCAGAAGGACCGAAUUAUGGAAGCACUGGAACGAAGAUGCAGAUGGAGCCUGUCUCCUAUGGGAUAGAUAACAAGGCAUAUAGAUAUUUCCAUGGAAUGGCUGCUGAUGCUGAUGAGCAGAAUUUCUCUCUAGAAGCUUCAGCUAGUAUGAGAAGUUUAGGGAUGGGAUCUAAUGCAGACAGCACAUGGUGUUUAACACCACAACUUCCCUCAAACCCCAUGGUGAAACCAAAAAAUGAGACUCAGUUGCUAUAUGGCUCGCCUCAAACACGACUGCCACAUCCAUUUGAGCCUAUGAUUGAUGCAACUAUUUCGAAACAGCAGCAACAUUGCUUUUUUGAUAGUGACAUAGGCUCUCCUGGGACUGUAAAGCAGGAGGAGCGUUCUAUGCGCCCUUUCUUUGACGAAUGGCCUACAGCUAAGGAAUCGUGGUCCAAUCUUGAUGACGAGGGAUCUAUCAAAAAUAAUUUCUCCUCUACUCAGCUGUCCAUAUCCAUUCCUAUGGCUCCGUCCGAAUCCUUUUCAAGGAGUUCUUGUUCCCCAAAUGAUGUUUGAAAGAUCCUACCAUCGAAAUAAUCAGUGUCUGGUGCUGUACUCAGGAACAUGUAUUGUUAGUGACAAAGUAACCUCUGCUUGUAUGAGCUAUGUACUUUUUUUGGUUGCUGGAAAAUCCUGAUAUAAUUGCAUGUCUUUGUGGUGGAUUUUCAACAAUUUUAAGUGAGAUGGUUGAAAAAACAAGUGCAGCCCAAGUUUUGCUAUAUGUAUGAACAAAAAUAAAUGUAUUUUGCUGUUUCAGCUGGGGCCUGGGAGUGAGACAAUAUGACCAGCCCAAGUUUGCUAAAUAAAAAAUUAAUUUAUUUUUCCUGUCUUCA